AUGUCUCUGAACCGGGUGCACACCACAGACAUGGAGCAGUCUGCGGAGUACUCGGUUCCGGUACCCAGUGACUCCAGCCACGCGGCGGGUCGCGCGCGUGAGGUGACCGUGCUGCAGUCAAAUUGCUGCCGCUGCCUGCCACGCGCGGUGCGCCUCACCUUCACUCCAGAAUCACUGGAGAGGAUUUACCAAAACUACUUCCGCCGACAGAGGCAAGAAAACCUGCACAUGCUGGGGAUGUUUGCAGCUCUUUUUAACAGUUUUAUCAUCAUAAUGUGCGCGGUGGUGUACACAGAGGACAAGCUAGCAAUGGUGGUGGUCGCAGCGGUGGGUUUAGCUGCGGAUAUUGUUCUCUACCUGCUGUGUUUCUUACAGAAACUUCCUACAUCACCUGUGUGGCGGGGAGCAGUGCCGUACAUACUGUGGCUGAUGAUAACCGUCCAUGUUUUGUGUUACAUGUGUCUGAACUACGAGCGUUUUCCCCAGGCUAGUGACUCUGUGGGCUGGCAGGCGUUUUUCUGUUUCUCCUGCUUCCUGACGCUCCCUCUGCACCUGGUGUCACUGCUGCUGCUCACCGCGCUCUCCUGCGGGGUUCACACGCUGGUGCUGGGGGUCACUGUGGCUCAGAGGUUUGAGGAGAACUUGCAGGGGCCCCUGCUGGUUAGACAGCUCCUUGCCAACCUCAUGCUGUACCUAUGCUCAGCUGUGGUAGGAGUGAUGUCAUACUACAUGGCGGACAGGAAGUACAGGACAGCUUUUCUAGAGGCACGCCAAUCACUGGAGGUCAAACUUACACUGGAGGAGCAGAGCACACAGCAGGAGGACCUGUUACUCUCCAUCCUUCCCAAACACAUCGCUGAUGAGAUGUUGCAGGGCAUGAAGAACCAGGCCGAUCAGAAAGAGGUGCAGCAGCAGCAGUUCAACACCAUGUACAUGUACCGCCAUGAAAACGUCAGUAUCUUGUUUGCUGACAUCGUAGGUUUCACCCAGCUGUCUUCAGCCUGCAGCGCUCAGGAGCUCGUCAAGCUGCUCAAUGAACUGUUCGCUCGAUUUGAUAAACUGGCAGCACAAUACCACCAGCUCAGGAUAAAGAUCCUAGGAGACUGUUACUACUGUAUCUGUGGCCUUCCUGACUUCAGAGAGGACCAUGCUGUCUGCUCCAUAAUGAUGGGUUUAGCAAUGGUAGAAGCCAUAUCGUAUGUACGAGAAAAAACAAAAACUGAGGUGGACAUGCGUGUAGGUGUUCACACUGGCACCGUGCUGGGAGGAGUACUCGGACAGAAGAGGUGGCAGUUUGACGUCUGGUCCACGGAUGUCACUGUAGCCAAUAAGAUGGAAUCAGGAGGGAUUCCUGGGAGAGUGCACAUUUCCCAAACAACAAAAGACAGUCUGCGCGGAGAGUUUGAGCUAGAGCCAGGGCAGGGAGGGGAGAGGUGUGAGUACUUGCUGGAGAAAGGCAUCGACACAUAUCUGGUGCAAGUGUCAAAACUGAUGUCUAAUGGGCUGAGUGGAAAUAAACCAGGCAUGUUGUCCAAUAGAAAUUCAAACCAGUUGAUCAACACCACAGCAACCAGUGGGAGCACAGCCUCACCCCAGUCCACGCCUACUGAGUCCAAACAGGAGAGAAACAAGGUGGUUGAGGAACAAGUAAUAAACAGACGACUGCAGCAGGAGCUGCUGGAGAGAGAAACUCAGCAAAUAAUGAAGGAUAACAAGAUAAACCUUGUGUCUCUGCGUUUUUUGGACGGAAAACUGGAGGAGCAUUACUCCUCAGAGAAGGAGAAGAGAAGCGGAGCGGCUUUCUGCUGCUGCAUCAUAGUGAUCCUCUUCAACACAGCAAUGGAGGUGUUCAUAGACCCAGUGUUGGCUGUGAAUUAUGUGACUCUGGCAAUAGGAGAGGUUUUGUUGCUCAUCCUCACAGUCUGCUCCCUGGCUGCCAUCUUCCCCAGGAUGUUCUCUAAGAGGCUGGUUUCUUUCUCGUUGUGGAUCGAUCGCACCCGGUGGGCCAGGAACACGUGGGCAAUGGCAGCCAUCUUUGUUCUCACUAUGGCUGUGAUCGCUGACAUGCUGAGCUGCGUUCCACCAUCCCUCCGAGUCUUCAACAGCUCCUCAGGUCCUUUACUGGAGUCGUAUGGUGACCAAGGCUGUGCGGAGAAUCCAAAGCACUACAGCUUUAUGGCUGUGAUGUCACUCAUCGCCACUGCCAUGUUGGUCCAGGUCAGCCACCUGAUCAAACUGGGCCUCAUGGUGCUGGUCGUCACAGCAACUGGAGCAGUCAAUAUCUACAGCUGGCGGGACAUCUAUGACCUGUAUGAUUACAUACAGUUUGACUCAUACAGAAAAUCCAUAGUGCCAUCAAAAUACCUCAUGACCAUGAUGAUCAUCGUCAUGAUGAUUGGCUUCUACCUUUUUGCUCGCCACUUGGAGCAUCAGUCAAGGAAGCUUUUCCUGUGGAAAAUCGGUGUCCACGACCAGAAAGAGAAGGUGUUUGAGAUGAGACGCUGGAACGAAGCUCUGGUUACAAAUAUGCUGCCAGAGCAUGUGGCUAAGCACUUCCUGGGAACAAAAAAGAGAGAUGAGGAGCUUUACAGCCAGUCUUAUGAAGAAAUAGGUGUCAUGUUUGCCUCCAUCCCCAACUUUUCUGAUUUCUACACUGAGGAGAGCAUCAACAAUGGAGGCAUCGAGUGUCUGAGGAUUCUCAAUGAGAUCAUCUCAGACUUUGACAGCUUAUUGGACAGGGAAGAAUUUCGCUGUAUCACCAAGAUUAAGACAAUAGGGAGCACCUACAUGGCUGCUUCAGGGCUCACUCCAGAGAGCAACACCAAUGGAUACAGCAAUCGCAAGCCAGAGGACCAGUCCCUGAUGGAGCACUGGCAACACCUCUCAGACCUGGCAGACUUUGCCUUGGCUAUGAAAGUCACCCUCAACAACCUCAACAAACAGUCCUUUAACAACUUCAUGCUCAGAAUUGGUCUGAAUAAAGGGGGAGUGCUGGCUGGAGUUAUCGGAGCUCGGAAGCCUCACUAUGAUAUCUGGGGCAACACGGUCAAUGUGGCAAGCAGGAUGGAAUCCACUGGAGUGAUGGGAAACAUCCAGGUGGUGGAGGACUGCUAUGACAUCUUAAAGGAGUAUGGCUUCCGCUUUAUCAGAAGAGGACCUAUCUUUGUGAAAGGAAAAGGGGAGCUGCUAACCUUCUUUAUGAAAGGAAAAGACAAGCCUAAGAGCAAUCCAGUGGCCACUGCUCUUCCACACCAAGUUGGAGAACUGUCUUGACUUGUUGAAAUGCUGUUUCACACAAAGAAAAAUCUGGGAUGGACUGUCAUUCUGUGCAAUUUCCCUUAUGAGCACAAGGUCUUGGAUAUUGUUUCUGUAGCAAUGGGAAAAUAAUGGUAGUGAAAACACAACAAAAUAGUACUUAAAUGAUCAUGACUCUUUAUGGGUGUAUAUAAUUGAGGGACACAGUUGCAUUUCUGUCUCUUUGGGCUCGAUUGAUAGAGUGCUAUGAGAAUUCACAGAUAGGAACAGACUUAAAAGAUAUUCUUUUGCAGUUUCUACUCAGCUCAGGUUUUGUAAAAUUUUGUUGCUUUAUCACAGUGUAUUUAUAUUGUGUUAAAAAAAAUUGCACUAAAUAUUUGACAUUAACUUGGUGUGGGUUGGUUUACACUUUGCCAGAUCCAGUUCUUGAACUUAAUUACAAGUCAUCUGCACAUCAUUUACAUGCUGCUUUUAUCAGGAUUGCACU